ACAAGUAUAACUGAGCCACAAACAUACAUACAUAUGUACGUAUACAUUGUAUUAUAAUUUAUAGCAACUUGUUUUCAAAGUCAUUACGUGACGCGAACGCCGCAUUACAAAUUGUGCAUUUUAAAUCAAGCUAAGGCUACCAUCAAGUUCCCAAGUGCAACACUGAGCUCAACGUUUUAUGUGCAAUUUUUGGGCUUUUCUUGAGCCUCUACUGCACUUCGCAUACAAAACUCGCAUGUCCGCAGCCCACUUUUGUGCAGACGACAUGCAAAAAACAAAGCAAACGUUUCUUUUGAUGCUAAUUUUGGCAUUGAGUCUGAACGAGGCACCGACUGCGGACGCAAGGCGCUUGCGAAAAAAGCCGAAGGUUUACAAUGCUCUAAUAACCACUGAUGACAAUUUGACUUCAAGCCGUGCGUAUCCUCUAAUACAGCCCACAAUUCACGAGGCAGGAUAUACGCCUUUUGGGCCCUACAAUCCAUACGCCUUUUACAGUCCGCCCUCAGUAAGGUUUGGCCAGCCCCUUGUUCCGGGUCUGACACCUAAUGAGCGGCUGCCUUAUCCUAUAACACAGGGAAAGGAAUUUACACCGAGCUAUGAAACUUUAGAUCCCAACGAUCCAAGUGAAGUGCCUCUCGGGCAGCGUCUACCCAGUGUCGAUCCAAAUAAGCGUCAGCCGGUUACUAGUUCUAAUUCUGACAUCAAGGACAUAACCAAAGAACACCUGCCUUUGCAAUUAAACCAUCAGGGUCUGCCACCAAUGCUCAUACCAGUGUCUUCCCAAUACUCUAACAACAACACUCCCAUUCACUUGCCAUCCUAUCCGUACAGUCAAUAUCCCGUCAUUUACGACAACACGGGAUAUCCUUACCGUCGGGAGCAAUACUUGCCCCCUUUUGAGCAGUACCCGAGCCAUGGUUAUGUAAAUUCAGCACAGACUAAGCCGCAACAGCAGGCACAUCAAUCAGAUAAAAAGCAACACAUACAAUCAGAGAUGCAGCCACUAGUGUCGUUACCCUUGGAUAACUUUACCCAGAUACCGAGCUUUGAAGAUAUUAUAAAUGGUUCGGAAAGCAAAAACAGCGCUGUACCUGACGUUCCUCCACCGCCGAUACCUUCCGGUCCGAAACGUUUCAAGCCAAUGGAAAAAUAAAAUAAAUUAAAUUAAACGUAGAAUUCAUUGUACUAUAUACGCACAUAUUUAUUAGUAUUUUCUUAAGCAUUUCUAAUGCAUGUACAAUGUCGUUCAACCACUUCUAGUAUAGGAAUCACCACAAAUAGUAAUACAAAAUAAAACUCACGUACUUGCGGUUAAUGAA